UUUUGCGCAUGUAAACAAAAACCGAACGAGGUGUAAUCAUUUUUUUCUGAAUUUUUAACUCAUCGUUAAUUAAAAAUGUCAUUAAUUAAUGUACUAUUAUCGUCAGUGUACGUACGGUGAUCGAAAUUAAAGGAUAAAUAAUUCAUUAUGUAAGUGAAGUUAUCGAGUAUCCGUCAGGAUAAGUUGUUUUUCUAAGACGUUGAUAACAAUCUAGAGGUUAAUCUAUAGUCUCUGCCAUACCCCUAUAAUCCCAGUGCUAUAUCCUACGAGUAAGAUUUUUCAAAGGAACCAUAAUCUAAACGCGAAAUUAUACCACCCAUAUGUACCAUUUAUUAUACUAACUGGUUUGUUUAUGACCGCUUUAGUAUUGAAACAUGUACAACGGUGUAUUGUAGAAAUUGGCAGCGGAGCGAAAAUGAGUAUGGUCGAUUGUAAGAAUACCAUCGAUCAUGAAUUGAACAGUUCAAAAGAGGUUGUCGAUGAUUCGGAAGAUGAGAGCGAAAUUGUGGAAGAAAGCCCUUGUGGUAGAUGGCUAAAACGUCGCGAAGAGGUGGACCAACGCGAUGUACCGGGUAUCGACAACGCGUUCCUGGCUAUGGACACCGAAGAGGGCGUCGAAGUAGUCUGGAACGAAGUGCAAUUCUCCGAAAGAAAGAACUUCAAAGCUCAAGAAGACAAGAUUAGAUUAGUUUUCGAAAAUCUUACCAAGUUAACCCAUCCAAAUAUUGUUAAAUUUCAUCGUUAUUGGACUGAUACGCAUAAUGAUCAACCACGAGUGAUAUUUAUUACGGAGUAUAUGUCAUCGGGUUGUUUGAAACAGUUUUUAAAACGUACUAAAAGAAAUGUUAAAAAGUUACCGCUACAUUCGUGGAGACGAUGGUGUCGUCAGAUACUUUCAGCUUUGAGUUACUUGCAUUCGUGUAAUCCGCCAAUUGUGCACGGGUAUUUGACUUGUGAUACUAUAUUUAUUCAACAUAACGGUCUAGUGAAAAUAGGAUCAGUGGCUCCUGAUACUAUACACCAUCACGUUAAAACUUGCCGAGAUAAGAUCAAAAACGUACAUUUUAUAGCUCCUGAAUACGGAGUUGGCUCAGGAGGUGGUAUAGGCCCUCCUAUCGAUAUAUAUUCCUUUGGUAUGUGCGCUUUGGAGAUGGCUGCGCUUGAAAUUCACGGAUAUCAGACUGAUUCGAGUGGAAAUGAGUUAAGUUGCGGUGCUGUGACCGAAGAAAACAUCGAUAAGACUAUAGAGUCGCUGGAAGAGGACUCUUUGAAGGAUUUUAUACGAAAAUGCUUAUCGUACGAUCCGGCUGUUCGACCGACAGCACGUCAAUUAUUGUUCCAUCCGCUUCUGUUCGAAGUUCAUUCGCUCAAAUUGCUGGCUGCCCAUGCGUUGGUACAGCAUUCGCCUCCUACUGCGAAUCUUUCGGAAAUAAUUACCGAACGAAUGCAGAAAUGGUGUUCAGAUUCUGAUAACGUGUUAGCUGUGAUGAUACACGAUGAGGAGACCAACGGUACUCCGAACACAAUCGUCUCUAUUGCCGAAUUACCAGUGCCUGAGAAAUUGGAGAAAUUCGUCGAAGAUGUCAAAAAUGGAGUAUAUCCUUUGACAGCUCACGAUACCGGUGGUAAUAAUCCGAUACCUGUGGCUACCUCUUCGACUCCAGAUUCGCGUACCCUGUCACCAGAACGUAUCAGCCAUAAAAACCCUACCACCGAAACCCAGAAUGCAAAUAGUCCUUCUACUUCGCCAGACAGAGAGACUAGAAAAGUAAUCAAUAUGAUGUGUAACGUCAAACCUAAAGAAACAAAUGGAGAGACUGAGUUUUCUAUGACUAUUUUACUCCGAAUGGAGGAUAAAAUGAAUCGACAAUUGACUUGUACUUUGUCUGAAAUCGAUACUGCGGAUACCUUGGUACAGGAACUUAUUUAUUACGGAUUUAUCAACGAAACUGAUAAAGACAGAGUAUCGUUAUUAAUAGAAGAAACCCUCAAAGGGUAUGCUUCGACUGGAGACCGAGACGAAACCGAAGAAGAACUCGAGUUAGAACGAGUAACGUCUUUGACAGCUCCAUCGUCAUCAUCGAGUACUCCUUCUUCGGUAGCAUCGUCUUCAAUCCUGGUCUCAGAAAGUGCUACAGUUACAUCAAUCGGUUAAGCUCGAUAGCUUGUUGAGAGUGUUUUGUAUUACGGAUGUCUUCCUGUGUGCUCUUCGUUAAAGAUGAAAAUUAUCUAGUCAGAAGAUUUAUAAUACGCUGUUAUUUCCAAUCGCUUUGAAAUCAUGUGUGUCUUUCUCUCUUCUCAAAAACACGUUAUUAUUACCUUUUUUUUAAUGAAACAAAUAUUCUUAUAAACGAUAAUGUAUUACUCAGCCAUCAGUGAUGAUAUUUUUUUUUAAAUAGACGUUCGUUUUCCUUUUAUAUAUGUAUUGCUCAGGGUGUGAGAAUGUAUUAUCGAUGUAAAGUGAUCGUCUUAUAUACCUAAUAUAUUGAUAUAUUUAUUUAUAUUACGAAUAAAUAUUUUUUUUAUUCAUUUUCCCUUUUGAUAUACAAACGUAUAUAACAUAGAAAUGUUACUUUUAUAAUAUUGUACGGCUGUUAUGGUUGAUUUUUUUUUCUUUUUUUUAACAGUUGAGUCUUUCAUUGCUUUAAUUUUAAUGCUACCUACGUGAAUAAACGGAUUUUUUAAUGAAAGAGUA